CACCGAUCCACGGAAAGAGCCGAAGAUGUAAGCUCAGUCAUGUGAUCAGCUGUGUCCAAUCACAGCUGAUCACCGGUAAUUGGCAUUCCUCAGAGGGGACAUGUACACAGAUCAUCAGAGCACUGAUGAUCAGUGUGCCUUGAUGAUCUGUGUAGCCCCAGCAGCGCCACCUGUCAGUGUCCAUCAGGGCCAGCUCUCAGUGCUCAUCCAUGUCACCUGCCAGUGCCCAUCAGUGCCAUAUUUCAGUGCCAAUCAGUGCCACAUCAAUGCCACAUAUCAGUGCCCAUCUGAGCUGCCUUUCAGUGUCACCCAUCAGUGCCAGUCAGUGCCACCUAUCAAUGCCAGUCAGUGCCACCUAUCAGUGCCAGUCAGUGCCGCCUAUCAGUGUGCAUCAGUG